CAUAAUCGCGUUGCAUAGCAACCGCCUUGUUAAUCAAUAACAAACUAUAAAAUUCUGUCAAAGGACGCUUACUUAAGUUUUAUAUCAAGUUUUACAUUAUAUUAGUAAAUUACAGUUUAUUUGUGAGAAAUGGCACCGAAAAAAGACAAAAAGAAAGAUGAAGAAACUGCCAAAACUGCAGGUGGUACAUUCACUGAAGUCGAAAGGACUUUUAUGGAACUUCAGAUAGCUGAAUGCAACCGCAAAAUUGCAAGACUCCGAUCAGCUGUCGACGAGUAUGAACAAAGGAAUGAGGAAUUACAGAAGUCCUACGACAAACUCGACGAAGACAGAGCAGACAUUAUAGCAUAUUUAAAGAAAACCUUAAAUGUGAAAAAUGAAGAAAAUAACGAAUUGAAGGAAAAGGUGAAAGGACUUGAAGAGACUCGAGAAAUUGAAACAGCUCAGUUCAGAGAAACUGUAGCAGAGCUAGAAAGAAAUUUCACUAUAAUGAAAGACCAACUUACAUCAGAAAAUAAGUUAUUGGCGGGAAAAUUAAAUACACUGGAAGAAUUCAGGGCAAUCAGGGACGACUUGAUGAGAAAAUUUGAAAAACAGGAACAAGAUUUCAAAGACCAGGAAAUGAAAUAUAAAAGAAUAAUUUAUGAUGCUGAAAAAAAGUUUGUGAUCGGAAAAGAUAAAUUGAAGAAAGAAAUGGAAGCUCGUUUAUUGCAGCUAGCGCAAGAUUUUCAAGACGCCACUGAAUUAAGGAUAGCUGCGUCUACACAUAGAGUGAUAAGAGAAAAUAUUGCAAUAAAUAAUGAAUUGGACAAUAUUUUGUCGUCUCAGGCAAAAUUAGCUGAACAGAAUGAAAAAUAUAAAGAAAGCGAAAGAGCUGCUCGUGUUGCAAUGGAAUUAGCUGAAGAAGAAAGAGACAAAGCAAUUAAUAAGAAUGUAGUACAGUUGAAAGUGAUAGAUCAAUUGACAUCUGCCUUCCAAGAAAUUAAAAAAGAAAAGGCCUUGUUUGCAAAGAAAAACUAUGAUUUUGAAACUCAAGACGUAAAAAUACAAAAACUAACAAAAGAAAAUGAAAAGCUUUCCCUUCAGGUUCGAAUUUUAGAACAAAAUUUACAUGCUAAAUUAUGUGAACAGAAUAGAGCGGUUGUGGAAUCCAACAGAAUUGCAAAUGAGUGUGCUAAAUUGAAAAAUAUUUUAAAGGAGGCAGCUGUUGCAGUACAAGCAGCCUUAAAGUUAGACCAAUGGGCUACAACAGACCCUACUCGUGAAAUAAUGGAUAGGCAAAUGCUGUUGACUCGUUUGCUUGAUAUAAUGAAUCAGUAUCGUGAAAUUCAGCGCACAGAAUCUGCCGCUACACUUGCGUCUCUUGGGAAAGUGUACGAAGAAGGCGAUCUUGGAUUUAUUCCUAAACCACAUGUUGCCAAAAAGAAAUCCGUUAUCACUACACGUAUAUCUCACGAAGUCUCAGGAGAAAAUGUUAAAUCUGAAAGAGAAAGUUCACACUCUAUAUCAUUGUCAUCAUCAACGAUUGGCAGUAUAAAAACUAUACCAAGUAUGAUGCUCGUGCCAGCAUCAUCUGAGCCAAUGCUGGUUCCAAAAGACAGUUUACCUUCAUUCCAAACCUCAUCUAGGUCGAGCGAGAUUGAUAGUAGUCUAGAAGAAGAGGAUAGUAAGUCAUAUACCGAUAUUGAAAAGCAACUAGAACACAGCAAACUCGAAAUUCAAAAAUCAAUAAUGAAAGACUUAAUGUACUCACAAACGAUAAUGAAGUCGCAAGCUAGGUUUAGUGAAGAAUUAACGAAAGCAUCAAAAUCUGUGACGAUCGCUGAAGCUGAUGAAACUGUCGAGGAUUCAGAGGCUCAACCUAAAACAGAAGGUGAGCCAAGUGAGGAGCAUGGUGAAGGUGAAGAGCAUACAGUAGAUGACUCUGAUGUUGCAGAAGAAAAUCAACAGGAAGAAGAUAAGCAGGAGGAAAGUCUAGAAGAACCCUCAGAAAUAAUGAAAGAAGAAUAAUGUUUGUAUUGUUUAUAUCAUUUAGUAGCUACAUUUAAGUAUUUUUUAUAUAAUCACAGCAGUAUUUUUUUAAUAACUUAUUCAUAAUAAACAAUAAUAUUUUUUUCAUUUAUUUUUAUUAACCUUUAUAUAUAUAAGAACUUUCAGUUCUUU